UGUUGUGUAUAAUCUUCAGGACGACCACUAAUUUAUCGAUCAUUCCAUGAAAUUUCAAUUUGGUGUCAGCUUUUCCAAGUAGGAAACGGCUUGACCACUCCUAUACAGAGCGUCUGUCUUGCUCCUCUGGCAAUUUGCAAAAGAGAUUAUUCAUUUUGCUCAUUGUAAUAUUUACUGGAGGUUCCAUCCUUCCCCACCUGAUUCUUCUAAACAAGACUCUAAACAAGACUUUUCCCAUCACAUCGAAAGAAAAUCUUCAGAGGAAAUGAAUUCGCCAGCAGCUACGGUUUUCCUGGUGAAGGUUCGCGUCGACCGCGAAGCAGACGGUUCAUCGGAGUCAUGCGAAGCUGCUCUAACGAGAUUGGGAACGCUACGGGAUUGGGGUACUUCUACAUCUUCUAUACAUACGAUGAGAGAUGUUAAGUAAAUUAUCCAUUAAAAAUUAUAGUCGUAGUACUGAAGAUGGAAAUUGAAAUUUUUAUCGAAAUUUUGUCGUGAUAGAAGUAGGAGUCUAGAUAGGUUGUAUUCGAUUCAUACCAACAAGAAACAUUAUAUUUGCAUCCAUUUCCACAGUGAAGCAGCAAGCUCGUAUUUGCGGAUGCAGGAGUAGGCGGCUCAUAGCCGAAGUGGAUCAACGGUUCAAAGGGUUGCGUGAUUUCACUUCCGACACGAUCGCGUCUUGGGAUGUUAAGGCGCAAGGAUAUUUCACUUUCAUUAGAUCUGGUCACAAAAGAAACUAGAUUAUUAGUGUUUCUCCAUCGAGCAAUUGAGUAAUCUAAAUCUUUUUUAGCUUGUACUUGAGGACUCAGAAAACGCUUGUUUGAUUGUGAUACAGCAAAGAUUAAGAUUGAGAUUCUCUAAUCCCUGAGGUGCGAAAUUCAAGUUUGAGGUUAGCCUUUGCGGACGUGAAGACCUCGCUGAUUUCGACAUCGAUCCACAUCCCGCGCCGUCACUCGAGUUACCUCCUGGUGGAAUCCCGGAGCCACCACCAGAAUUCCGCAGGAGGUCAGGCGGGAGUUCGAUCGGCUCUGACAGAAGGUUGUCAGUCUCAGGUGGAGCGCCUGCUGGGUCCUCGGGACCUAUUACUAGUAAAGUGCCUCCACAUGAUCCUCCAGUAGGAGCACCAAAACCGGCUCCAACAGCUUCGUCCUCGAGUACUGCAGGUGCGAAGAAACCUAGAGCUUCCUCACCAAAAGUCCAACCACCAACGGCAAAUCUACCGUUUGCACAGCAAAAGAGGCCUACAGCUGGCUCCAGUCAUAAUGUCAGUAUGGAGGAAGUAUCGAGUGCUAGAAAGAAUAGCGGGAGCGCCGGUCAGAUGCCGCCAAGCAGUCCGCGAUCGCCGAAAAUGGUUGCCGCUGAAAUCGCCAGUAAUCUAGGAAAAUCCUCCUCGAGUUCAAGCGAACGAGAAAAAGACAAAGAAAAGAAAGAAAAGGACGCCCCAGAAAUUCAGAUGGCAGUGAGGAGCGUGGUUAGCAGUUUUUUAUCCUAUCAGUAUAAACAUGCAUCAUGCAGAAUUAUGCUCGAAGAACUAGUUCUUGGACGCUUCCAUUCUAGUAUGUGCACCAGCACUACCUCAUCUUCAAUCUGUAAUUUGUCACGGACUGCAUGAAGUAGGCUGCAGAGACUAGUUGCAACCGGGAAUCAGGGUCACAGCUGUUUCGACCAUUAUAAAAACGAAACAACUACAGGAGAACUCGCCCAGGCCGCAGCGAGGGCAGCAAGAGGAGCCACAAGACCGACCUCAUAGAAAAGCGCAUCAGCCAAGAAAAGCCGCAUUAAAAGCCAUGAGCGCUAUGACCCCGAAGGCGAAGCAGCCUAGCGCCUCUUCUGUUGUUGCGAAAGCAAUGGUAUAGAUACUAAUAUGAAUAUGUCAUCCAAAAAUAACUUUUAGAUGAUUUAUACAACUUUCACUUUGAUGGAAUCAAAUUCUAAUUCUUGUUCCGCCUGAAUACUAGUGGUCGCAAGUUGAAUUAGGGUACCUACAGGUCUCCUUCUCUUUCGAUUCCUUAUUUUUUGAACCGAUCACGAGGCCGCAUGAACAUGAUUCAAUUGUAAGUAAAGGUUUUCACGAUCAGGAGAACAAAAUGAUAUAUAUAUUUCAAUCUCGACCACGUCACUGGAACGCACAACGGAUUCUCACCGCGAUUCUCCCUCAAUUUCAAUUCAUUUGCAACUGACCACGAUUCACCUUCCAACUCAAUUGUAAAUAACGGACGCUAACCACGAACUCUACAACAGAGUGAGCCGAUUGCGUAUGUGCAAUGUGAGGCUUGCGGCAAAUGGCGGCGCGUGGAUAUGCUGACAUGUGCGCUGUUCAAAGAAGAGACGGGCCGCGAUUUUCAGUGUAAGUAUUAAGGCUAGUGCCACCCUUCAAGCAUCCCCAGAUUCAUCCUUGGCCCUUUAUCAAGGGCAAAAAGGGCUCAGGGAUGUCCCCAGGGAUGCGACGUGGUAGCUCUAAAAGUAUCUUCUCAGAACCGCAUGCACGCUUCCGGAGGACACUGACCAGACCGUCCCCCGUGGUCUAGAUUACGCUGAGAAGCAGCUGACGCUCACCGAAGCUGAGAUUGAGAUGGCUCAGGCAGUCCUUGCGCCGCGAGGCGUUGUCGCGGAUGUCAGUUCGAGUGAAAACACAGCGCCAAAGAAAAUCAACAGGGUAUAUUUAGUUGCAAACUUUUGAGGUCUUUUUUUUCUCGUCCAUCUUGGAUUUUUCCGUUUUGAUAUUUGAAUGACUACUGCAGACAACCAAGAUGAACAAUGAUCGACGAAGGUGUGCAGGUAUGUAGUUGUACGCAAUAUCAACUUUCCAACGGUCAUCAAUCCAUAGACUACAACAAUUAAUUUGAAUCAUCUUUACACAGAGACUCUCGUCAGCGCGGAAGCGGGUCGAGAGCAUGGGGCCACAGGGUUUUAUGACGAAACGACAACGGAAGCUUGCCGAGGACGCUAUACGUCCGAAUAAAGGGGGGCGAACAUCUGCUGGAACUGCUAGUGCUAACCGCUCACGAGGUCGGCCACCAAGUGCAGCAGCAGCUUCAAAGCGCCCGCCAACUGCAGCUGAUUCUUCAGCUGCUAAACGCGCGAAGCCCAAGCCACCUGCUGAAGAAGAGGACAGUGUAGAAGUGGCGCCGGGAGAAGUUGCGACCUCAUCGGAGCAGUUUCAAGAGGUACAACGAGAAUGAACUACCGGCUUUGUUUCUUUUCUCUUUUUGUGUUGUAUGCAGAAGGUGACUAUUCUGAAAACUCACUUAAUUGAUAUGCAUUAAUUUCACAUGAAACAGAAGACCUCCUCGACGUCUCUAUAUUCCUAGUUCCUCUCAUUCAUUUCAUGAGUGAAAAUGAGUAAAAUCGAAAUCCUUAAAAAUUUAUCAGAAACUCGGUAUAAUCUACGACUUCAUAAUGGAGCAGCUGGAUGACGGGGAGACCAUGGAGAUGCGCUACACGAAGCUGCCUGGCGGGAAAGUUAACAUUCAAGAACUACGGGAACAAGUCUAGGAGCUUCGCCCCUUCUUGUUCCCUCGUAGUGGUUCAGUCACUAUCGCGACCUAUCCCCCUCUUGUAAUAUUUUCAUUUUGUGAUUGUACAACUACCCCUUCUUUUACGCUUCAUAAUAUCCUACGUAUAUUACAGCACUGCUAUGCCUCCACAAGAACCAUAUUACAGCACUAUGUACCAUUGCCACGCUCCCUUGAUCUUGACAAGAAACUCUUGAUCUUCCAAAACAACAACAUUUUUUUCCGUAUCUGAUAGCGUUUCAACCACAAUUUCUGAGCAUAUUCAGC